AUAUUGUCAUCCAGUCCUGCCAGAGAAAAGCAGCAGCAGCAGUACGAGCAUCGCAGCGACGGGAAUCAGACGCUCUGAGCGACGGAGACGAGGAGAAAAGGAAUACACUGAUGAAGAAACAAAGAGGAAGAUGGAAUAAAACAAAACAAGCAUUCUACUGCUUCUCUUUGCUCUUCACACUUCUGUCUGGAGCAUCCCACACCACCAGUGAAAACACAUACAUAUGAUAUAUAUAUAAAAUUCCUAUACAUAUAUAUCAAAUUAUGCCUGUUUUCAAAGAAGCUGCAGCCGGACAAGGACUGAACUGACAGAAAAUCCAUUGCAUGAACAAUUGGGAGAUAAUAUGCAGCAUUUUGCCUAAAAACUGUUGCAUAUUAACGCUUUGAGAUUUUUCUUUUUUUGUGAGUAUUUUUUUGCUCAGAGGGGGGAAAAAGACAAAAACACAUUGAUGCAAAUGGAAAAUUUGGAGAAAAAAAAUACCCAAAAAACUGGGAGCUGAGUAGUUGAACAACAACAGAGAGCUUCUGCUGCACAGUCCUGUAUCUCCAAAGGCUUCUCUUGAAAACAGGAUAUUUGUGAUCUGCCAUUCGGCUAACGCAUCUCCAGUUGUCUCUGCCGUCCCAGUGGCCUGGGGAGCAUUAUUCCACACAGAGGCUGGUACAAGUCAGAGGGCAGAUCACAGGCUCUGACCCCACGCUGAUAUUUCCUCAGCAACGACUAAAAGCCAGGCUGGGCUCAGAGGAAAGGGGAGGUAAGUUGUGAGGACAGACAGAAAGAAGCAAAAAUAUCAGAGAGAAGACAGCAGAUUAAGAACAGAUCACAGAUAAAAAACUGAGCCAAAAGCAGACCAUCGAAGGAGGGAAUGAAUCCAUGAAUCCAUUCUGUGGGACGCUCCACUCUGCUCAAGCAAUUACGGCACGUUUCUCUCUUUUUCAGCUUCUCUUGAGGAUGAAGGAGCACUAAGACAUUAAGAUCACAGAUUCAGAAUCACAUCGUCAGCCCUCCCCUCUCUCUUUCUCCUCUCAUCUUAGCAGGGUUAGGACUGAGCAGGCUGACAGUCCCAGCUGGUGUCCUGGGUCUGCUAGAGACCCUGGAUCCCUGAGAGGAGGGGUUUCAGAGGAGUGUUCCCAGCAACAGGAGCCACACCGAGCACAAAGAGCCGCUGGAAGGCUCCAGACUGACACUGACAGCGUCCUGUCACCAGGGGGAUCUCAGCUGAUUGGGAGUGUCUGUGUGAGAGAGACAGAAAACACGCCUCAGGUGCAAGAGGGAUGCUUUUGGAUGUAGUCACCACAGGAUUUCAGCUUGACAAGAGCCUGGAGUAAUGCUCUAAAGAAUCCUGAGCAGCUGCUGUUACCUGUUGGGCUGCAGAGAGGAGGGACCAACCCUGCAUCACCUUAGAAAAUAAAAACUGAAUAUCCAACACCACUAAUAAAGACUGGGCAUACACUUCUCACAGGAGUAGAAGGUGGCAGCGAAAAGAUGCCCACCACAAAAAUAAAAAGCUUCCUUUGAACGGUGACUCUGAGAGUAGGAGGAAGAUAGAAGCGAGUUAAAGUGAGCAGAAGUGGAGGACAGAGAAGUCCAGAGCGCCGUCAGGAACCACAGUUCUCACUUUUGGAGGAUUAUUCAUCCACUCAGCAGGGAGCUGAUUGCUGGAAAUGCCAGAGGCGAGUUCAUUCGUCGGCAACACGCCCUCCUAAACUGGAUUCCCUCCAAGUCACCGGAUUUGUCUUCAACCGCCUCUGCUGUCUGCUGAUGACAUAUGGCUUUGUGAAAGGAUCUUUACGUUGGACCUGUCAGCUUUUCCUCUUCGCCACCAAGACCUCACACACAUUAAAGAUGGGCUCCUCCUUGCAUCCAGUGCUGAUAAAGUUCCCCCUGGCCAUUCUCCUGGGCUUUACCUCUCUGUGUGGACUGAACUCUCAGCCUUCAGGUCAGGCUCUGGCUCAGGUCUCCUCCAACAACCAGACCACAGAACCCUCCAUGGUACCGGAGGCGGCUCUGGCCACGCCCACACCGGACGUGGCAGAUGACCAAACGGCUCUGAGCAGUGGCAACCGUUGCUGGGGUUACUAUGAUGUCAUGGGCCAGUGGGACCCGCCCUUCAACUGUAACGCAGGUAUCUACCUGUUCUGCUGUGGUUCCUGCUUCUACCGCUUCUGCUGCCAGUUCAAAGUCCAUAGUUUGGACCAGACUUCCUGUUCUAACUACGACACACCUGUGUGGGCGAACACUGGCCGACCGCCAGCACCCGUCACUGAGGUCCACGAGGAACCGGACCGGGACCGGACCCACAUGAUCGUCUAUAUUAUCUGUGGAGUGGUGGCCAUCAUGGUGCUAGUGGGGAUUUUCACCAAGCUGGGGCUGGAGAAGAGUCAAGGAGGACAGACUGACAUGACCAACUCCAGGACUCUGACGGAGCUUCUGAAGCAGCCGGGGGAGGCAGGAGUGGUGGAUGGAAGCGGAGUUCAUCAUCCUAUCGGGACAAACGGCAUCUCGGCCAGACCACUGCGCUCCAACAACGAUCACAACCAUCUGAACAACGCUGCUCUGUCUCCUCUGGGUCCGGCCAUGGCCUUGUCUCACCCUCAUAACAACCUGGGAAUCGGCUUCAACAAGUACACCUCUCUAAAGGCCGUGGACACAAGCGCAAGAGACUACUACAAGAGCUACCCAAUGGUGGAUUACACCCAUCGCCAGUCUCCUCCCACUUUCCAGCCAAUCAACUUCCACCCCAAGGACAAGCCUUUCCUCCCACCACCUGACAUCCAUGCACCACUGGCCAUCACCAUCAACGCCUCCCAGAUCCCCAAGCCUAAGAUCUCCAAGACCAACACCCACCCACUCACCUCCAGCUCGGCCUUCAAGGCAUGGGACCCAAGUAAGAGCCACAUCCAGCACCCGGUGGCCUCCCACAUGAGCCUCGGGCAGCAGCAUCACCCCAUCCAGCAGCAACAGCAACAGCAGCACCAGCCGCUGCACCAGCAGAACAGCCGGCGCCAGGCCUACUCCAACAAGAGGCAGUUCAGCAUCGAGACGCUGCCGGAGCUCUUCUCACAGCCGCUGGGUUACGGCCACUCACCACACAUGCACCCGAAGCACAAGGGACUGGCCACCAACAGCAAGACAGAGGUCACUGUGUGAUAAAGGGAACAAACGGCAUGAAUGGAAAAACAACAAACAAAAAAAACUGGUGGAGUUGAAGGAAAAAUGCUUUGAUAUCUUUUCUAUAUCCACAGCUACAAUGGCGUGAGGCGGCAAGCAAAUAUCGUAUCUGGAAUUUUUUUAGACAAACAAUAAUAAUAAUGUGAGUGACCGCUAUCAGAAACCCACCCUAAUCCAGCUCAUCGGCAGCCACAGAUGAGCUGUGAAGGUGGUGGUUUGGAAGGUGUUGGCUGUGACUCUUUGAACCCAGCAGCUCUUCUAAAUAAUUGAGUGGCCUCUUGGUGUGCUGGCACAGCUCUCUCCUCCGUCUCCUCUCAACCCCCUGGCACCUUGAUGGCAUUCUGCUGCUCUGUAGUGCCACUCCACCACGUUCAAAUGUUCAAAUCCCAACACAAAGGUUCUAUUUACCCCACCAACUAGCCCUAUUCUGAGACUGUCAGAAAGGCUGGUGGGGGGAGGGUUUCCACCAAGACUUUGGCUUCCCAUCAGCAGAUGCAAUGCCAUUGUGUUGUCAGCAUCCAUUGCCCUGCGGCCCUCCAAAGAGUGAGAUAUCAGCCGGGCAAGUCAUACCAGAGAUGAGGGCAGGGUAGCGUGGGAGGGAUGGAGGGAUUCAUCUCAGUCCAAGGGCAAAUGAGAUGAGAACCACACACACACACACACACACACACACACACACACGUGUGUAUGUGUUGCUAUCAUUGUGGGGACAUACCAUUGACUCCCAUUCAUAUCUAACCCCUAACCCUAAACCCAACCAAACCCUAACCCUGACCAAAACAAUGGCUAACCCUAAAGAAACAUUUUUGCACUUUUAAUUUUUUCAGUAACAACAACAUGGCCAAGAAAACACUGUUUAAACUUGAGGUCCCCACAAGUGACAUAGUUUUCGGUUUUCCUACAGUUGUGGGGACAUUGGGUCCCCACAAUAUAGCAAAAACAUGGGCACACACACACACACACACACACACACACACACACACACACACACACACACACACACACACACACACACACACACACACACACACACACACACACACACACACUUGUCAAAAUUUCCAGAAGGUUCCCAGCAGUGUCAACCCCACCACUUCACCCCCUCUGAGACACAAACAAAUGCACACACUUCUCCACACACCCAUCCAACAAAACUGGGCAGAUGAACAAGCAAGCUCUCUCACUGUUUGUAGUUAUAGCUUGUUGGACAGCAGAUUUCAGUCACAGUCUCUCCCUGUAACUAUGGAUGUUUAACUGGUUAACUGCUUCACAUAAAAUAGCUCCUGUAUCCAAUAACAAGGUCAUCACGAAGUCACCUCAUUCUCUGCAGAAUUGUGUACAUCCGCUUUGCUAUUUUUGGCCCCAUACAUUUGGGAUAACUGGUUUUCAUGAGUACAUGCUAAUCAGUUUUUGGUUACAGGAAGAGAUAGCAGUGGUGGAUUCAGGAACACCUUACCUCAAUCUCAGUUGUGUUUACUGCUGCAAAGCCAACAAAAUCUGAAAGGCUGACGCCACGUGUCGGUGCACUGCAAUUUACUUAACACUCCAGCACUAAAAGUGAAUGAAAGCAAGCACUUAAACAAAGAGCAGUGUAACCCAGCACCCGGUGGCCUGGUCAGCUCUCUCAUGCUGACAGAGAUAUUGCCGCAAGUGUUUUUGGUGGCACAAUGGUCGAAUUUCAAAUGUCGAAAAUGGGCACAAAAUAACGGUCAUUCAGAAGAAAGUACAACGUAAUGCACUCUCAUUGCAACCAAUUGUAACCCUAGUUACUGAUUUCAGUGGUAUUUACUUUGACAGUUAGGGUGGGGACAGACUAUCUUGAUGAUAGUUCUGUUGUUCUCUGAUCUCUUUGUGCUGGAGGUGUGACCAGCCAGUUCAAAGAUGAAACUGCAAAGUUGCCUAAUUUGCGUGUUGUUUUUUCACCGCUUGUCAUGAACAAGAUGAGAUCUGAGUGCUGCAAAAUAAAUACGAGAAGUUCUAAAGAGUUGCAUGUGGUCACCAGGGACAGCUUUACCCCUGCUCUUGAUUCAAUAUCUCCAAAAUGCAGCCCAACAGUUGCACAACUGUACACCUGCUCGACUUGAGAUGUGCAGGUGUGCAGGGUUUGGAGUUGCUUAGAGGAAUAUUCCAGUUUAUCUUCCAUGUUAGCGGCAUUCUCCUGCACUUUUUCAACGAUCCAGUCCAUAUCACCAUGAUUAACCAUCUAAAGUGUCUCACAGUUGUUGGCAUAAUAAUCUUCCAAUAAGUAUCUUCUUAUUGUAAGCAUUAUAGCCUUCCAUUUGUUUGUAUUUUUCUUGCUUUCAGCCCUGAGAGCCAACUGAGAAUACACUGCACUGCAUGCAUUCCUCCAUACUGCACAGUACAGAACAGUCAGCGUGGCGCACUGAUUGAAUUCAUAUUCAUGUGUUAUCAUGAGGACAGCAGCUUUGCCGCAGUGCAUAUGCCUGGCACAUUCUACAGCACAUCAGGCAGGUGGUGGAAGCUCAUCAAACAGCAGUGCUUUCCAGUUGCAUACUAUUUAGCACUUUCUCUAAGUCCCCACCGCUCUCACUCUCUUUCUGUCUUUCCAUCUGUCUCUCUUUCACUUUCUAGCAGUGAAAGAGCACUUUCUAGCACUUUCUUCCACCGCCUGACCUCCCCUCUGUCCAUCCAUAUCUGUGAGGUUUUUGAAGACUGACUUCUCCAGAUUUACUCCGUGAUAGCACCCACACAAACUUGACUGCAUUCAUACCAGCAUCCACCAACACUGUCUGUAACAUGAAAGCGACAUAAAAAUUCAUAUCUAGAGAUUUUCUGGCGUUUUUUACGUGAAUGAUUCAGAUUCGUUGAUUAGCAGAAAUGCUAGUCAACCAAAUCCCAGCCAAACCCUAAUCCUAUAGCUCUUAUUCUCGCAUGCUGUGGGUUAUGGUUAGCUAACAGCUAACAGCUAACACUGCGACGGCUGAGGGUUAGGGUUAUGGGAAAAACCUGUUAGGCAAGCUGUUGUGCAGUGCUGCGGGGAGCAGCAGAGGAUGGGGAGAGUGCUGGCGACUGCAUGAGUGCAGAUGCAGUGAAUAUGCAUCAAACGCAUCUGCGCUCAUGCAGUCGCCUUCGUGGCUUCCCUGUCUCUUUGACUUUUAUCCCCAUGAGGGAUGAGACCUACCAUGAGACUAUCUUGAUGGUUAGCCUAAGCCUAGAUCUCUGGCCUUUAAAAGCAUUACCAAAAUAUUCUGUGGGGUCUGUCCUUAAUCACUCGGAAUGCAUUAGAGGUUGGGAACAAACGAGGAAUGACAGCGAGUAAACAAGCAAUAUGCGUCAGUAAAGCAAUAAGCGCUCAACCGUCCUCUCCCUAUCCCUAUCUUCUCUCUGUCUGUCUGUGUGGAGCCCUCCUUAGAGUUUAGGGGUGGAUGCUAAUGAGGCUGUUGAAACCGAAGGGAGAGACGAGCAAACAAGCAGGACUGUGCAGAGGGGGGCUUGAGAGAAGCUGAAGGAGAUGAGACGAGAAAAGAGGAAUGGGGUUGCAUGGACACAGCUGAUACAGCGAUGGUCGUUCAUUCUGGGUUUUAUCUCUAAACAACCAGCUUUCAAAAGCAUCAUGUGGCUGUAGAUGGGAAGUUCUCCAAUUCACACAGCACCGGGAGGUGGCAGAAGUGCACUGUACGGCAGCUGACGCUGACAAGCAGCCUUGUGGGGCGAACACAACAACAACAACAACAACAACAACAACAACAACAACAACACUGGCUAGAGUCAGUAGACACAGACUAAAACUUCCUCAUAUUCUGUUGACUGACAGAGUCAAAGCGAGCACUGUGAUUGGCUGAUGCCUUCAUCAGAGGUGCCACAAUCACUCCCUGGAAAACAGAACGUCAUCGUUGAUGUUGAGGAUGAACAUCAUCUAACUGAAAACAGCUGCGGUGAAGCUGAAUAAAUGUGACUGAAAAGGCCUCUGAUGAGCCACAGUUUUGCCUCUGUUGUAGACACUUGAACACAUGCACAAACACACAUGAAACAGUCACAGAGGUAUAAGACUAAUUCUAUCCUACGUACAAUGUCCACAGCAUUGUGGUGUGAAACAGGACCAAAAGCCUUGGAUCAGGAGAAACUGAGUACACCUAACUGAUGCUUUCCAAAACAGUGAGAAUGCUGAGACUGUUUCAGAUCAUCAGCUUAGAGUGCGUUUUACUCAAUCUCUCCUGAUGAACAACAGACUAUGGCGUCGCUCGCUCAUCUCAGAGCUAACUGACUGUUGUAUGUAAAACUUCCUCUCUAUAAAAUACACAAUGCAAGUAUUCUACAACAGGUUAUCUGAAUGCAACCUGGUAGACAUACUUGGGCUCCAUGAUCCCUAGCAAUAUAUAGAUUAUGGUGUAUGGUUCAAUUGUUUCUUUGUUUUCUGUCAGUUUUUGUACGGUGUUUUACAGAGGAUUGUGCUCAGUAGAAAAAAUUAAUUUGACCAAUGGAAACUUAAAAGUGCUUCCAGAUUUUAGACUCAUGGCUGGCUGUGCACCCUUCAACCCUAACCCUAUCCCAUCAUUUCAAGUCACAUUGCAAGUCACCUGUUUGAAGCUUGUGAUCUUGGUAUACAUGUCGUGGAAACACAAAGAUUUUAAAGAUAUUGCAUUGUAUCCAAGUGCUUUGCCAACACGUUAGCUGAAAGAAUCAGUGAUUUCUUGUACAGUUUUUGCAUCUGCAAAAUGAAAUAAUAAUUGUGAUUAUUUGUCAUGCGUUGUUUCAUGAUAAUUUGUAUUAGGCAGCAAUAGGCUGUCUUGGAUUGCUAUGUACUACUUGUACUACUUGUGUAUGCUGUACCAUUUGUCUGCUGUGAAAUUUGUUGACUACUCAGCUUAUAUAAGGGCUUUUUAUAGAUGUAAAAGCAGACUGGGCAAUCUGAUGUCACUCAAGACAAAUUUCUCAAGAGUUUUGUUUUUAUGUUUGAAGAGAAUUUAUGAACAGAAUUUUCAUGCAUACAAAAUAAAGUUUUAACUAACUGAAAUGUCUAUAGGCACUCAUACUACAUUGGCCCAUGUGUCCUGUUUGAAUAAAUCUUUCAAGAAAUA